GUAAACUUUGCAUAUGCAGAGAGAGAGCAGAGACAAAUAUUGGUUUGGACUUUGCUCAACCAUUGACCAUGCUGCUCUAGCUUAAUCUUGUACCUAUAUUCAACACACACCUAAAUUUAGCAAACAAAUUACAAAACAACACCAGAUUAAAAAACUUCAUCUUCUCUUCAUUUUCAAUACAUGACUUGACAUAUAUAUAUACGCACAACUUCUGUAUAUAUAUCUCAAAAUCAUCCAUGGCUACAGCUCCGUCGGAAAUGCACGAGCCGAGCAUAGACACAGACAAGCUUAGCUAUGAAAUCUUCUCCAUUUUAGAGAGCAAGUUUCUGUUCGGUUACGACGAUCGCAAGCUCUGGAUUCCGAAAAUUUCGCCGACGAGCGAGGAGAAGGCGGCGGAUGUUUCGCCGGCGGUGAUUAGCGAUGGCGCGGCGAGCAAUUUUAAGAAUCAGAGAGGUAAGGUUUGUAUCUUGAGCGUUGAUGGAGGUGGAUUGAGGAAUAUUAUUGCUGGAAAGGCGUUGGCGUAUUUGGAGAAUGCGUUAAGGAGGAUUUCCGGUGACUCUGACGCGAGGAUUGCCGAUUUUUUCGAUGUCGCCGCCGGGACCGGCGUCGGAGGGAUUUUCACGGCGAUGUUGUUCGGGACGAAGGAUGAUGAGCGCCCGAUUUUUUCGGCGGAGGACACGUGGCGGCUGAUGACGGAGCACGGUAACAAAAUCUACGGGAAAGGUAAACCAAAAAGUAAGCUGAGUCGGAUUUUUAACGGUGACGGUAAAAGCAUUAGCGGCACGGCGGCGAUGGAGAAAGUUGUGAAAUCGGCGUUUAUCGAUAACGGAAAGAGCUUAACGCUACGGAACACGUUGAAGCCGAUUUUAAUCCCGUGUUUCGAUUUGUCCAGCUCAGCACCUCUUUUAUUCUCCAGAGCUGACGCGAUCGAGUCGGACAGCUUUGAUUUUCGUCUUUGGGAAGUGUGUCGUGCCACGUCAGCUGAACCCGGUUUGUUCGAACCGGUGGAGAUGCGAUCGGUCGAUGGCGCCAAGAGAUGUCUCGCGGUGGACGGGGGUUUGGUUAUGACGAAUCCAACAGCUGCGGCAAUUACACAUGUGCUGCAUAAUAAGCAGGAGUUUCCGUUUGUCAGGGGCGUUGAGGACAUUUUGGUGCUCUCGAUUGGGAGCGGCGUGGUUCAGGAAAAUUACGAGUUCGAGCAAGUGAGGAAGUGGAAGGCCAAGGAUUGGGCGAGGCCGAUGGCGAGGAUCUCCAGUGAUGGUUCGGCUGAUUUGGUUGAUCAUUCGGUCGCGAUGGCAUUUGGAAGUGGUCAUAGUAGCAAUUAUGUCCGGAUACAGGCAAAUGGAUCUAGUUUAAGUCGUUGCAGGGCUAACGUAGAGUCGGAUCCCAGUCCUAAAAACUUAAAAAUGCUCUCGGAAAUAGGGGAUGAAAUGCUGAAACAGAAAAACGUAGAGUCUUUGCUGUUCGAGGGUAAGAGGAUCGGGGAGCAGAGCAAUUUCGAGAAGUUGGAUUGGUUUGCAGGAGAGCUUGUCUCAGAACAUCAGAAGAGGAGUUGCAGGAUAGCUCCCACUGUUGCUUUCAAACAGGCAAAUCAGAAACCAACUUAGCAAAUUUCUCAAAAACUUUUGAUUAUGGUGAAAGACACAUGAUAUGUAAAAAUGGAGAAGAAAAGAAAUAUUUAAGUAGUAAAAGAAAAUACAAAUGUACUGGAAGAUGAAGGGAAAUAGGUGGAGGUACACUCAACUGCAAUUGUAGGAAAAGAAAGAAAGAUGGGAUGUGAUGUUAAUGGAUGAUCUUGGUGGGAUUUCUUGCCUAUCAGAGUACAGGCACUAGUUAUGUCCACUCCACUUUUUCACCAUGUACCAUUAGAUCCAAGAGGAUGGGGGAAAUUUGAAGAUAGUAGUGAAUUUUGGUGAGCUUUAGUUGAAGGUCAAAAGCAAUGAAAAUACAUCAUGUAACAUUUGAAUGAAUUCAUAUUUGGUAAAUGGAUCAUGAGGACUUGUAUGCUGGGAAUAUGUCCAUUUUUUCUUUCCCUGCAAUCUUAGUGUUCCCUCUAUCUUUAUCUGUUUGUAUUAUGACUUUGGUAUAACCUUUUCCUUUUUUUCGACUAUAUGUAUUGAAACCAUUGUUAAUUGUUUGCA